CAUGGUGGCUCUCUCUCUAUUUAUAGAAAGGAGAGCGUUACAGGCUUCACAAUCCAUACCCAUUCGUCUCCUAUCUCAAGUUUCCUCCCUUUCUCGCUCCUUGCAUUUAUCUCUUCUCUUCAAAAGUUCCCAACUUUUAACUCGUUUCAGAAUGGGAAGUGCUGAUGGGACCAACUAUGGUGCUUACACCUAUGAGGCCCUGGAGAGGGAGCCUUACUGGCCAUCUGAGAAACUCCGAAUUUCAAUUACUGGGGCAGGUGGGUUCAUUGCAUCCCACAUUGCUCGACGUCUGAAGAGUGAAGGCCAUUACAUCAUUGCUUCUGACUGGAAGAAGAAUGAGCACAUGACUGAAGAUAUGUUUUGUCAUGAAUUCCAUCUCGCGGAUCUUCGGGUCAUGGACAAUUGCUUGAAAGUUACCAAUGGAGUGGAUCAUGUUUUCAACCUUGCUGCCGAUAUGGGUGGGAUGGGUUUUAUUCAGUCCAAUCACUCUGUCAUUAUGUACAACAACACAAUGAUCAGUUUCAACAUGCUUGAGGCUGCUAGGAUCAACGGAGUUAAGAGGUUUUUCUAUGCCUCCAGUGCUUGUAUCUACCCUGAAUUUAAGCAGUUGGAGACUAAUGUGAGCUUGAAAGAAUCCGAUGCCUGGCCUGCUGAGCCUCAAGAUGCUUAUGGCUUGGAGAAGCUUGCGACAGAGGAGUUGUGCAAGCACUACACUAAAGACUUUGGAAUUGAAUGUCGCAUUGGACGGUUCCACAACAUUUAUGGCCCUUUUGGAACAUGGAAAGGUGGAAGGGAGAAGGCUCCAGCUGCCUUUUGCAGAAAAGCUAUUACAUCCACCGACAAGUUUGAGAUGUGGGGAGAUGGUCUUCAGACCCGAUCUUUCACCUUCAUUGAUGAAUGUGUAGAAGGUGUACUUAGAUUGACGAUGUCUGAUUUCCGUGAGCCUGUGAACAUUGGAAGCGAUGAGAUGGUUAGCAUGAAUGAGAUGGCUGAGAUUGUUCUUAGCUUUGAGGAUAAAAAGCUUCCAAUUCAUCAUAUCCCUGGUCCAGAGGGUGUCCGUGGUCGUAAUUCAGACAAUACAUUGAUCAAAGAAAAACUUGGGUGGGCUCCUACGAUGAGGUUGAAGGAUGGCCUGAGGAUUACAUACUUCUGGAUCAAGGAACAAAUUGAGAAAGAGAAGUCUCAAGGCAUUGACCUGACUAUUUAUGGGUCAUCUAAGGUGGUGGGAACUCAAGCACCAGUUCAGUUGGGCUCACUUCGUGCUGCAGACGGCAAAGAAUGAAGUAGCGUAUAGUUGCUUUAAAGCCAAGUUUUAUUAUGGUAUAGCUAUGCUAAUGGCAAUGAAUAGGAAUGCGUCAACCAGUGUCAGGUUGACUAUUUAUUUUUGGUAUUUAGUUGGUGUACUAUGGUCAUCGUCUAAGGGGAAGCUUAUAUGCCCCCACUGUAUUCAAAGGAGCUUUCCGUGGUAGCCUGCUGUUGUAAGAUGGUAUGCUUGGCUUGAUAGCCUUUAAAUAAUAAAAUUCGUUUCUGGGUUUAAGCAUUGAUUCAUAA